AAGGCAUCCAGGCUACACUAUCUGAUUCCAGCCAGUCAACCGAAUCUGCAUUUCUGCUACAACCUUGUUUCCUCAGCAGUCAAUCGUUAUCCGGUCCCUACACUGCUUGGCUGGCAUGGCGUUGGCGAAUUCGAUGCAGCGGAGACUCAUCUGGCAAAGCUGAGGUCCAUGCAGCAAUACUUUACCUCGCUUUCACCUGAAGAAGACGAUGAUUUGGCCAUCAUCGUCGACGGCUAUGACAUCCUCAUCCAAUUACCUCCCGAGAUCAUGGUCGAGCGAUACUUUCAGAUUGCCGAGCGUGCUGAUGCCCAUUUAGCAAAACGUUUCGGUGUCAGCGUCCGCGAGCUUCACAAACGCGGUCUUCGCCAGACAAUCUUCUUGGGACCCGACAAACUCUGCUGGCCUACCGACCCUCUGGCGUCACGUUGUUGGGCUGCUCCUGAAUCACACAUUCCGCCAUCCGCCUGGGGGCUAAACAAGGGGGGUUGGGAUAUGUUCCAUUCCGAUCCUCGAUGGCUGAAUUCAGGGACUAUUAUGGGGCCAGUUGGGGACCUGAGGAGAUACAUCACUGCCACAAUGGACGAGAUUACGGCAACUCAUGAUCUCGUGUACGAGUUCAGAGAAUCGGAUCAGUACUAUCUCUCCAAUGUCUGGGGCAGGCAGGAAUAUUGGCGCUCGAGGAUGAUGAAGGGCAAACCCCCUGCUGGCCCACCGGACAGGAUCAUUCCGGUUAAAAGUAAUCCUUUUCAAAAGACCGAGUAUCACAUUGCCAUCGAGUACGAGUCUGCCUUGUUCCAGACCAAAGCUGGAUAUGAGCCUUAUUUUGGAUACCUGCAGUUCAAUGAAUCCGGCUUGACGGCCAAACUUGCCGCUGAUAUCCUCCAGGAAGGGCCUGAAUUUGAGCCUUCCCAGAUCAAGAUGCCUGAGAAUGCUCACCCAGGGUCUACAUCAGCAGACUGGCUUAGCACCGUUCAUCUAGGUGUCAACUUCAUCACUCAUCAUAUCUAUGGCCUGUGGCACUGUACAGGGCCCAAAGAGUUUGUCGAGCUUGAGUAUCCCACUCUGUGGUUCUACCCCUUUGUCGAAUCCCUGCUCAGAGCGGCCGUUAAGGCUUCUCAAGCCGGCGAGCCUCUGACGGAGAAACUCAUCGAUGGUCGAAGAUGGGUUCCAAAGAACUACUAUCCAGCUGCCCACGCUUUGAAUGAUGAAUUUGGCGGGGCGUGGACAGACUUGAAUAAUGAAUUUGUUCCUUGGCGAGAUCUCUGCCAGCCUCACAAUGAGCUGCUU